CUGGUGGCAGUGACUGGUCUUUCUCCUCUCAAGCCAGUACCCUUUUCAUCAUAACGUACCAUUUCAAAUGAUCUGCAGGUUACAAUCAUAGCCACAGUUCUCUAUUAUCUGUUCUGCAAGAGUUCUGUUUUUUUUUUUUUCCCUUUUUAAAAACCUUUUGAUCCCCACUGUAGUCCUCAAACCACUAAGACUAUGGAGGCUCCGUGCUCGCCCCCGACGGCGGGGAAGUUCAUUGUGGUCGGCGGUGGCAUCGCGGGUGUCACGUGUGCGGAGCAGUUGGCAAUUAAUUUUCCAUCAGAAGAUAUUCUCCUGAUAACAGCUUCUCCUGUUAUUAAAGCGGUUACAAAUUUCAAGCAGGUUUCUAAAGUAUUGGAAGAAUUUGAUGUUGAAGAACAACCAAGUACCAUGUUAGAAAAUCGCUUUCCCAACAUUAAGGUUAUAGAAUCUGGAGUGAAGCAACUAAAGAGCAAAGAGCAUUGCAUUUUAACUGAAGAUGGCAAUCAGCAUAUUUAUAAGAAGCUCUGUCUGUGUGCUGGAGCAAAACCAAAAUUGAUAUGUGAAGGAAAUCCUUAUGUGUUAGGAAUCCGUGAUACAGACAGUGCACAGUAUGAAAUUGAAGGCUGUGAAGUAAUUUGGGUCAUUAAAGAUAAAGCAAUUGGGAAUACUUUCUUCGAUGCAGGAGCAGCUGAAUUCUUGACUUCAAAGCUCAUUGAUGAAAAACCAGAGGCUAAAAUUGCAUGAAAAAGAACCAGAUAUACAACUGAAGGACGGAAAAAGGAAGCACAAACCGGAGCUAAUGCUGGUAACAUAGGCAGCGCCCUGGGACCCGACUGGCAUGAAGGGCUGGAUCUUAAAGGAACAAAAGAGUUUUCUCAUAAAAUUCACAUUGAAACCAUGUGUGAAGUAAAGAAAAUUUACCUUCAGGAAGAAUUUAGAAUUUCUGAGAAAAAAUCCUUGUCUUUUCCAAGAGACCAUCAUGAUCAGUCAGUUACUACUGACAAAGAGAUAUGGCCUGUAUAUGUGGAAUUGACCAAUGAAAAGAUAUUUGGCUGCGAUUUCAUUGUCAGUGCUACAGGAGUUACACCAAAUACAGAACCUUUUCUCUGUGGCAACAAUUUUGAUGUAGGAGAAGACGGUGGCCUGAAGGUGGAUGACCACAUGCACACGUCCCUUCCUGACAUCUACGCCGCAGGUGAUAUUUGCACGGCCUCCUGGCAUCCCAGCCCUGUGUGGCAACAGAUGAGGCUGUGGACCCAGGCUAGGCAGAUGGGCUGGUAUGCGGCAAAGUGCAUGGCUACAGCUAGCGUGGGAGAGUCCAUUGACAUGGAUUUCAGCUUUGAACUUUUCGCUCAUGUAACAAAAUUUUUUAACUAUAAGGUUGUAUUACUGGGAAAAUACAAUGCACAGGGCUUGGGUUCAAACCAUGAACUACUGCUGAGGUGUACCAAAGGGCAGGAGUACAUCAAAGCCGUCCUGCAGAACGGGCGAAUGAUGGGCGCCGUCUUAAUUGGUGAGACUGACUUAGAAGAAACAUUUGAAAAUUUAAUUUUAAACCAGAUGAACCUUUCAGCAUAUGGAGGAAAUCUGCUGGAUCCAAAUAUUGAUAUAGAAGAUUAUUUUGACUAGAAAUGGCAUUUCAAGAGCUACAUCACAUUGCAAAUAAGAUUUAAAAAGUCAGAGGAUUACACAGAUUUAAUGAUGACCAGCUGAAGUUAAAAUAAUUUAUAGAUUUUUUUUUUCCUAACAAAAAAUUGACCACUAAUUAUGUAAAGAUAAGUCUGAAGUAUCCAUUUCUGUGUUUUAAACUUAGAGACAUUCAUUUGUGAUUUAGCUUUGAAACGAAUUAGCUUGUUAUCUACUUAACCAACAGUGUGGUAUCUGGUUAACAUACCAGAGCCAUUCUUUGACCAUGAGAGGUCAAAGGCAGGCUGUGGUUUCAAGAAGCUUACUCUUGUAAUCUACUUAAGCAGAUGUGUAGCAGUAUCUUACUUGCUAUAUUAUUUGUAUCGAUACCUUAUUCCUUCCUUAUUUGCGUUCUACAACUGUUGUUACAUGAAAUCACUCACUUUCUAUGAUCAGCCUUUGUAAGCCAGUUGUGUGAAAAGAAAAAUACAGCUAGUUGUGGCAAGACAUAAAGAACUUAACAAAGUUACAUGAACUUAAUCUCUUACGUAUUUCACAUUUAAAGGGUUUUACAAUAGUUAAUUUAUUUUUCCUGUUUCAUACUGUAAAUUUAUGCAAUUCAUGAUCUCAAGACCUCAGAAUGUCUCAAAUUCUCAAGUUUUCAAUACUUCAGAGAUAAAUUUUGAACAUGUAGCUCCAUAUGUAUAAAAUAUUGAUAAAAUUGUCUUAAAAUUAAACUUCUGGUUA